AUGUCUGCGACCAAAUCCGACGCCACAACAGCACUUUUCACUACAUCGGAAACCCCAUCUUACCCAUUUUCGCUUGCUGAAGAGGCUUUAGAGGCUGGCGAGGUUCCAGUUGGUUGUGCAUUUGUGUAUGAUAACGAGGUAAUCGCGGCCGGUAGAAAUGAGGUAAAUGAAAUUUUUUUGGAACAAAUGCAAGUGGUGACGCAACACAAUUGGAAAGUUGGUGUGAAAGGAAUGCAGAGGUCCUACCAGAGUCGGUUCUUUUCGUUACCGUCGAGCCAUCUCAUCCGAAGUGGUAGUUUUAUUCAUUUUCAUUUCCUUUUUUAUUUUUCUAGUGUGAUCUAUUCUUCGCAUAACGACCGCUUUGGAGGAUGUGGAUCGGUUUUAAGUGUUGCUACUGAAGAUUCUUCUCGCGCUCCGUUAAUUUGCAAAUAUGAUGAUCAGUCGGAUCAAUCACUUAAACUACUUAAAAGCUUCUUCAAUCAGGAAAAUAUGAACGCACCCGAAAAUAAAAGAAUAAAGAAGAUGUCUCAUAUUAAAUGA